CCCAUUGGACUGGCGCGCGGGCCGCGUUGCAUGGCCCGGGACCAUGGUGCUGGUGCGGCGCGUGGCAUUGCCCUUGCUGCUGCUGACUGCCGCGGGGUGCCCGCCGGUGGCCUGGUCGUUGGUGUGGUACUCGGCUUGGGUGACUACGGUGUACACGGAGCCCGGCACCAACCGCACGGUCCGCGGUAGCUCGGAGAGUGGCCGCUUCGGCAGCAGCUCUCCCAAAGAGGGCGCGCAGGGCUUGGUGGGCAUCCCCCGCGGCGUGGGCGCGCGCUCCAUGGAAGGCUGCGCCCCAGACGUCGAAUACGAGGUGCCCACGCUGCCCGGCGCCGGCCGCGGGUCUCCUCCUUCCUGGAUCGCCCUGGUGGCCCCCGGCGGAUGCAGGCUGAAGGAUAAAAUCGACCUCGCGGCGAGGAAACGGGCGGUCGCCGUGGUCAUCUACAACGAGCCGCGGUUUGGCAACUCCACCCUGAGCAUGCCGCACUUCGGUACUGGCAAUACGGUGGUAAUUAUGAUUGGGUAUCCGAAAGCAAUGGAGAUCUUGGAGCCAGUGCAAAGAGGGAUUCCAGUGAAAAUGACUAUUGAUGUUGGAAAUCGUCAUGUACAAGAAUAUAUCACUGGACAGUCAGUUGUUUUUGUAGCUAUUGCAUUCAUCACCAUGAUGAUUAUAUCUUUAGCAUGGCUCAUAUUUUUUUAUAUACAGCGUUUCCUCUAUACUGGAACACAUUUUGGAAACCAGGGUCACAGAAAAGAAAUCAAGAAAGCAAUUGGUCAGCUGCAGCUCCAUAUUGUGAAGCAUGAGGAUAAGGGGCUAGAUGUUGAUGCUGAAAAUUGUGCUGUGUGCAUAGAAAACUAUAAACCAAAAGACACAGUCCGAAUUUUGCCUUGCAAACAUAUAUUUCAUAGAACAUGCAUUGAUCCUUGGCUGUUGGAUCACAGAACAUGCCCAAUGUGCAAACUAGAUGUCAUCAAAGCUUUAGGAUGCUGGGGAGAACAUAAAGAUUUACUUGAACUUGCAGUGUCUGAAUCAAUAAGUGACAGCAUAUCAGCUGAAAGCUGGAGUAUUACUGUACCAGAAGAUGGAAAUGAGCUAAAUGAUGUAUCAGCUUCCACUACUCAUGAAUCUACAUUAAAUUGUAGCAGAUUAAAAGAAGAUGUUGGUGAAACAGCAGCAUUACUUGAAAUGAAUGGCAGAUGCAGUCAACUUGAAGAAUUCCUGUCCAGUGGAAACUCUCAAUGAAAGUUUUAAACUGAAACUGAGAGAUAAAUAUGUACUUUAUUUUUAUUUAAAUGGUAUGGACAUGUGUCGAGCCUAUGAAAUGUUAUACAUUUCAAUUCAUGUUUCAAAAGGGCUAACAUGACUAUAUUUUGUACAAGAAUAUUUUUAGGAAAGCUGUGAUCCUAUAGAAAGUUACACCAAAGUUACUUUUGUCUAGAAAUGACAGUUGUACCAAUUGACAGGGACAAAACCAGCACAAAAUCUGCGGGUACUGUAGAAAAUUUCGGGGUGGGGGGAAGAAUGAUCUUUUCUGAGGGUAUUGGAAAACAGGUCCUUUCGCUUGAUUUCUGCACCUUCAUUCAUAGGAACAGAGUCCAAGGGAAGGAAUGGAACUAAUUUCUUAAAGAUGCUACAAAGGGAAAUACCCUUGGGCUGAUUCCGCGUGGGCCAAAAACAGUGGUGUGAAAAUGGUGUAUAAACCCAUUUACACUGUUUUAAAUCCUUUCACACUGUUUUCAAACCGCUGUUUUUGGCCCAUGCAGAAUCUGCCUUGGAUAAAGAACAGGAAAUUUAAAACAUGUGACAUGUUUUUGUUCCAGAAAGCUCUUACAGACAUCAAGCCUAAGAGGAUAUACAGGCUAAUAGACAAAUAAUGGUGGGUUGUUGUAUCACACCUAGCAUGCAUUUAUCAAACCUAAAAUGUUCUUAAACUUUAUUUAAAAGAUUAACUAGUUAAUAUAUAAUCUAUAAACUUAUAAAACACCAGGGUAUUUAAGUGGCCAGCCACAUACCUGCUACAUAGCUAAAUUUCAUGGUUUAAGUUGUUUGUUUUUUGCACUGCCUUGACUACAUAGAUCAAUUUGGGUACAUAGAUCAACUGCAUUAGUAUGUUGUGCAUGGAGAGUUAUUGAAUAAUAAAUUCAAGUUACCUCAACUCUUACAUAAGUAAACUGAAGUAGCAACUUCAUGGUUGGAAGUUAUUCUAUUUAUAAAUUCUCAUUUUCUCAUAUGCAUCAUUUACUUCCCCAUGUGCUUCCUUUGUAUUUUAUGUAUCUGAACUCAAUGUUGCAAUCCGUUGAAGACGUCCUAUAAAGGUUUACAAAAAAAAGUUUGCUUGAGAUAGUCAUUAGUUCUAUUCUUGUUCUGUUGCUACAUUAGCAGCAUGGGGCCUUUUUAUAAAAUGACUGCGAAGCAUUGAGCUGGAAGUGUUUGAAACUCAAAAAUACCACUGUUAAUUUCCUCUCAUGUUCAAAUGCCUUAUAAUUAGCUCAGAGGAAAAUAGUGAUGUGUGUUGAUGUAUAGGAUACAUAUAUUAAAUAUUGAAAAUAUGUUCAGAUUUUUAGUAUUACCCCUGAUGAAUGUACAUUGUAAGAUUCACACCUUUCUUUUAACUGCCCAAAAUGGACAAUCAGUAAGGUGCUUUCUAGAAUGCAUAUUUUAAAAUGGUUAUUUUCUGAAACUGGAAUGUUUAAUUUUGAUGUAUUCCAAGAAGAAUAUUUCAAACAUGGAAGUUGUCUCCAGGUGUCAGGAACAAAUGACUUGCAGUAAACAUGUAUACCCAAAAUACUCUGAAGAGCUUGCCACCGCUCCCAGGAGGAGAGCAACCUCACCAUAUGUUGACUUGUACAAGACUUGCUGUGAGCUCUUAAUAGAAUGGGCUGCUAGCCACGACAGUAUUGAUGUCUGCUUUCAGAAAGGAACUACCUUCAAAUUAUUUGGUAAUGUUUCUCUGAAUUUUCCGCACAAAGUAAAACAUCAACUGCCACAGAUUUAAAAGGAUCUCAAAUUCAGCUUUAUAUACACGAACUGACAGGAAGUUGAUGCACUGGAAGUCGCAAAAUUUUACCUAAUAUUUACAACGCCAAGCUGUCUUUGGAAAACACAGCACAGUGAGUACAAAUAUAUUUCUCCAUAUAAGUGCUAAGAUUGGUCCUUUAUACGUUUAAAAAUGCAUUCCCCCAAUUAUUUUAGAAAUUCCACAAUAACCACAAACAAGAUCUAGUAGUACUUCUGAACAAGGAUUAUUGUAUGAUAAACUUGAGUACAUCUAGCUACUGUGUACUAGAUAUCCCAUGAAUAUUGCAUCUCCAGUUGGAGAGUUCUAAAACAGUUACCAAUCAAUUUUGAAAUGUGCAGAAACAUGAAAGUACUUUUUGGUGAAGCUCCAAAAGUCAAAAGAUGGGGGGGAACACCUCUAAUGGAAGUAGAACUGGAUUUUAGUGGUCUGUGUGUUCUUCAGCUCUCAUUGUGGCCUUCAGAGUCGCUUUGAAAUGGAUUCUAAUUACUGGAUAAUUGUGUAGGUAUAACUUUGUGUAGCUUGAGCAUUGCUGAGGAGUGAUGACAAUGAAAGGCCGAAUUGCAGUGCCUGUGAACAGUUUUCUCUCUUAAGGCAUGAUGACAAAGCUCCUGAAGCGACUCCUUUGUCUGACCUCAGCAAUACUGCAUGGAGUCUUGAUGAAUUCUGUGGUUUAAGCUCACUACUUGAGUAACAAAGUAUGCAUUAUUAUUUCUUUUCUCACAGGUGUUCUGCAACUCGUUCAGACAAGCCCGGCUGAGGUAUUCACUGUACACUGUUGCUACUGAUCUGCAAAUCGGAAUUACUGGAGCUGUUUUUACACAUGCUGUAUACAAAGUCAAAUACUGUGGAUUUAAGCCAAAGCUAAAAAUAAUUUUUAUAUCAGGCAAGAUCACUUGUCUUCCUGGUGCUAUAUUCACUAUAAAAGUUUUGAUAAUGUUGCAUAUUUUCAGAAAGUACUCUUGCCGUAUAAAGUAUUUCUUAUGAGGCUCCUGGGGUCUCCCAUCCACAUAUCUAAAUAAGUCUGGUCUGGGUUUUCUUUUUAAAAAAAAGGGGGGGGGGCUAAAUACACCAAAAUCAGGUUGCCCUUAUAAAGUAGCAAUUUGAAUAACAGAUAUCCAUGUUCAUAAGACGUUCUCUAAUCAUUGUGUUUUUCCCAACGCAAUGAAGAGGUUACUUUACAUUGACCACAAGCAGGCAUUUCUCUACAAAGCCUUUUGUCAGGCCAAAGCGAAGGUCCAUUUUGCACUUUAGCUGGUUCUGCGUUGACAUUGAAAGAAAUGAAAAAUGAUGUCUCAGAAGCUAAAGGACUGUUACUAGAGUUUAACACUAUUAUUUAUCGAUAUUAGCCUAUAUAGAUAAAUGAAUUAUAAACAUUCCAAGAAGUUGGUGUUUCUUCUUAGCUUUUCAGAUAAAAGAUGGAUUAUAUCCUAUCAACUUUUCAAAUGGCAAAGGGAUCAUGGGAUUCACUUUGGUAAAAGCUAAACAGUACAGCAACUGCAGGAAGAAAGAGAAUUGGGGAAAACUAGAUGAUAAAGCUGGUAGGAUAUAACCUACAGAUGCAACUUUCACAAUGUGCAAGUGUUUUCUAGAGUUUAAUUUCCUUAACUGUUUGCUAUCACCGUCCUGAUUUUUGAAAAAUGUAUGCAUAAUAAGCAUCAUGGGACUCUAAAAAGCCAAAAUCAAUCAAUUCCAAGCACUGUUAAUAUGUAUGGAGUUGCAUAGUCUUUGUGUUUUUCAUAGAAUCACUUAAUAGGUCUGAAAUGUUAUAGCUACAAAUACCACCACUGGAUUUUUUUGCUUUGCUGCAACUAUUAAAACAUUGUCAAGGUCAGAAAGGUGUAAAAUUUUAAGUACUAAGCAAGAUGUGAAAUCCAAGCACGAUCAUUAAAACUCCCUAGAAUGAGAGUUGGAAGACAAGAGAAGGGCCAUCCAAUCCAACCCACUGCUACGCAGGAACAAUCAAAGCAUUCCCAACAGGUGGCAAUCUAGCCUGUUUAAACACUUCUAAAGGAGACUGCACCACUCUCCAAGGAAGUGUAAUCCACUGCUGAACAGCUCUUACCAUCAGGAAGUUCUCCCUAAUGUUUAGGUGGAGUCUCUUUUCUUGUAGUUUGAAUCCUUUAUUCCCUAUCCUAGUCUCUGGAUCAUCAGAAAACAUUCUUGCUUCCUCUUCAACACAACAUCCCUUCAAAUAUUUAAACAUAGCUUUAUGGCUAACCUUUUCUUUUCCAUACUAAACAUACCCAUCUCCCUAAGGUGGACUCCACAUGGGCCAAAAACAACAGUGUGAAAACAGUGUAAACUGCUGGUUUUGGCCCAUGUGGAAUCUGCCUAAGUUUUUCCUCAUAGGGCAGAGAUUUCAAACCUUUUACAAUUUUUGUCACUGUUCUCUGGAGAUGCUCCAGGUAGCCAUCAGCCUUGAACUGUGUUGCACAGAACUGGACAAAGUAUUCAAGGUAUGAGAAGGUUUGUACAGCUGCUGCUGUUUCUACUGUUAGAUGAAUUAGGUGUAACAAUAGGGUAAUUUCCACAAUUACAAUCAAGUACAUGCACAGAAUUUCACAUAGAUUCUCCCACUGUAAAAGUAAACCUCUAUUCACAUAUUCCCAAAGUUGGGGGGAUUGCUCAUAUAAAUAAUUAGAAGGGGGCUGAAGUCACGCUACUGACCAUGGGAAACGCAAACCAUUUGUUCAAACUACUACUUUACCUUUGGAGUGUAUCUGUAGAAGGGCUAAGGUACUUAAAACUGAACAGUGUGAAUGAUAUGAGAACUGUUCUUCAUUCUACAAAACUACAUUUUAAAUAAUGGUUUUCUAAAGCCUUACUCCACUAAUAGCUAACAGAUUCCUGUGCUAUCAUAUCACCCUUUAGCUAUACUAAAUGUAGAAGGUUUUACAUUUGGCAUUGUUUCAGAGAAACUCUUCAGGAAUAUUUCACUUCUCAGCAGACAAUGAUCACCUCAGAUCUUUACAUGCAAAUUAACAGAAAGGGUAACUUGCGCAAAGCCUAUACCUUAAAUAUGGUAUACAGUUUUGGAUUUGAAAUACAAGAAAUACUCCCAACAAUAACAAUGUCUUCCCACUGAUGCUGCUUAUAUAACUUCCAUGAGCAGUCGCUAAGAAUAACUAACAAACUUAAGUUGGAAGGCUGCAAACUUUGCUGGACAAGUGAUUAUCUGACUAGGGGGUAAAGCAGCCUCUGAGUCAAUAUGGCUAUUGCAUGCAAACUACCUCAACCAUAAACUAAUGUUAAGCAGAAGCUUGUGUUGUAACGCUUGAUUCAGAUUCCUUAUCCACCAGAAAAAUCAGUAUUUAAUAAAGCACAAAUAGCAUCUUAAUUGUAAGCAAUAACACAAUCAACUAUACAAAAGUCAGAGUCAUAAUCCAACUACAAUCUUCUCGUUUGAGUCUUAUUUUGAGGUCUUUGUCUCUGAGGGAUUUUCACCAGUAUCCAGUGUUUUGAGUAAUCGAAAAAGGCCAGCUGCUUCUCUUAUCCGACUGAAUUCAAUACAAAAGGCCUGUACCUCUAUAAAUAAGUCCUGUACAUUAAUGAUUUUAUUCCGGAUCAAGGACUGUAGAAAAACACAAACAAGACGUACCAACCGGUUCUGGAGGGAGAAAAAAAAUAGUUAUAUUGUAAACAGGAUUCUAAUUUCACCUGACAAGCAGGUGAAGAAUGAAUGUGAUCUUAUUAGCUAAACACAAUAUUUAAUACAGUUCAGUAAAACUUGCAGCGUCUUAACAUUCUAUUCAGCAAGUGAUAAAUGCUUUAAUUUAAUAUUCCUGCUGGAAUAUCAAUUUCACAGAUCCAGCAGAAAGACCAAAAAACCCUCAGUUCUCCAAGGGAUUUCCUAAAGCUACAAGCCCCAGUGCCUGAAUAGAACUUCUAAUUUAAUUGUGCGUGUGUGUGUUAAGUGCCAACAAGUCAUUUCUGAUUUAUGUCAACCUUAUGAAUUAACAACCUCCAAAAUGUCAUAUUAUUAAUAGCCUUGCUCAGGCUUAUUUAAUAGGGUGGAACUGAAACCUCAAAAAUCUUCAAAUUCCUAAGAGCAAGGGUUGUAUGUCCAUGCUUCUUCAAACCCAAGAUGACUAUUUUUUCUGUACAAUCUAAAGCCUAGCUUUUUCUGUAGCCAGGAUACAAUUGUUUCUCUCAAAGCAUUAAACUCAUAAACACUUA